UCCUUCCAUCAGUGGCCGGCCAAAUCACCCAUCGACACAACGGCAAGGACGGGUGGUGGCAACACGUCAGAAAUAGAAGGACCACGAGAAACGAUGAUGAUUAAUAGAUGCCGAUGGAAACAAGGGCUUGAUGACGAUGAGUUAACGAUGCGGGAGCCAUCGAUAGAGCUUGCGCGGUCUGUUGCAUGGAAACUCAGCAAACGAUGAGGUUAGCAGCGGGGUACAUAAAUGGUGGUGACGAUUGAAGGGUGGAAGUGGGGAGAAAAUCAAUCAACAAUUAGUCUCACUUUGGCUUUAGUUGGGGGUUAGCGUAUGGGAUAAAGGAAGAAGCUUUAGAUCACUGAUAUAUAGGUUCUAGGAUUAAAGAUAAUAUGUGUCUGCUAACUGCUC